UACGCUUUUACUCUGCAAAAGUAUCUGCGUCUGCAGCAGCAGCACGAGCAGCUCUGCAGCAACCUCGAGCAAAUCCGCCCGCAAACCGCCUCGACCGGCACCCUUUCCACCAUCUCGUCGCCCAGCACAUCGCCCGUCCGCUCCUCCAUCUUGACCUCAUCACGGCGUCACUCGCGAUCCAGCGGCCCGCGCCGUGGUUCGAGACAGCCACGCCAGAACGGCUGGGAGGAACAGCUCGAUACCAUCCUCGACGAAGAGACCAUCUACCAGAUUUCCGCCGAGGAACAACGACUGUUUGACGUCAACGAGAGCAUCAAGCGGGCCUUGACGGAGCUGCUUAACUGCGAAGCCGUCCGCAAUGACAUGACGACGCGCAUGUGGGCUCAGGCCCGACUGAUGGAGACGGAGAAGGAACUUCGGUCGGGGCGGCGGAGGCGAAGCUCC